GGAAAAGAGCCAAAAUGGGGAGCACCACCACCGCCGCCGCCGCGCACAUCUGAAUGUGUUUGUGUUGUAUAUUUUGGAGAGUUUGUUCCAGCCAGUGAUCAUCGCACAGCUUCUCCCAUGCACAUCCUCCACCGCGGAUCUCCAGCGACCCCGGCGCAAAAUUCCCCCUAUUAACAUGUGAUCGCGUUGUGCUUGAUGUGUGAAUGUUCCACAAAACUCAGUCGGGAAGCAGCGUGAGUCCCGAGCCCCUCGCGGGAGCAUGGACGGACGCUACAUGGGUUCGGGCUUCGCAGAGCGGCGGGCCACAUCAGGCGAGACCGUGGAUUGGGCCUACACCAACCCAGUCAGCUCCAGCUAUGGUGUGACUCACAUAGAGACAGAGCAUCCCCAACAGCAAUCCUACGCCUCAAGUCAAACACUCACCACCUACACCACCUCUCAUCACCCCACAGGUGUCUUCGAUUCCAGUCUGCACACCACCGGAAUCAGCACUACUGAAUCAUCAGUCAUGAAUUUCCUCUCUUCCAUCGAAUCCCGAGGCCUUCAGGCUGGACCUGUAGCCACAUCUCUGCUUCCCCAGUUCAGAACUUCGCCAUGGCAGACUGGCACAAAUUCUUCAACAGAGCUCUUUCUUACUGGAGCAUUACCCUCUUCUGGAACAUUUCCUACCCUGUCAGCUCUUUCUUCCUACCAGCACCCCAGCCCUUUUCCUACUCGCAGUUUUGCCACCACGUCCGCAUUAACUGUUCAACACACUACAUUUACCCCAUCGAAUGGCUUGCUUUCAUCUAAUGACCCUUUACUUCAGAUCAAACCCUCCCAAACCACUGUGCCAACAGCAUUUGCAUUUGAACGCCUGGCUGGCGCUUCUCUGGGUACUAGCCUUCCAGUCCAGUCAUCCACAUAUCGUUCAGCCCAGGAAUCUGCACCGCAUCUCCUACAACCACAGUUCAGCCUUUUACCCUCUUCUUUGAGUAACUCUCAGCAGACAAUCCCACCUUAUGGUGCCCCAGUUUUCUCCAGCUCCAUCGAACGAGCACUUCAGCGUGAAUGUAGUGUCAUCAAGCACCACCAGCGGCCUUCAAGCACCCAGCCAGUACAGCAGCAGCUGUCUGUCAGUGCGCAACAUUCUUUGCCAGAUUACCUACCUGAUGGUGCAGAUGUCUCCUACCAAGAUCCUUCUCGACAUUCACCUGUUUCAAACAGCCCCAGUGGAAUUCCCAGACAGGCCAAUAAUAGCGCCACUCAGCAGAAAACAGCCACAGUGCAGCUGCAGCAAACACAGACACAUUCCGCAUCUGUGCCCUCUUCAAGAUUUUCCUCCACAUGCGGAGUAAAAGCCAAGGACGAUUCUAACAAAUCAACAGAACAUCUUGGUGAAGGCUCAGAGUUGCACGAUCAGGCAGUCUCAUCACCCAUGCAGCAGCAUAGGUAUUCUUCCACAGCUCAGAAACACAGCUCUGUGAUUGCCAGCCAGUCACAAACAUACACAUCACCACAGCUUUCCAGCUUGAUGUCCAUCAGCCCUUCCCAGACCUACAUUACGUCUCAGAGCCUCAUAAGCAACCUCAACGAAUCCCAUGCCUUUUCUUCCAACCAGUCCGAGAAGCUACCUUCCAUAUAUAAAACGUUGCCAUCACUGGCAGCUCAGUCAGAAAAUGAGACAUCUGUUAGCCACUCACUUCUUUACUCUUCCGGCCAGAAGUCCAUAAUGUCUCAAGCAUCAAACAGAGAAGAGUAUGAUGAACCGGCACAAAGACUUUGUAUGGCCAAUGCCUCUAACAAUUAUUCUUCCAGUCAGAGUUUGUCUACUGUCAGUUAUUAUGCCCAGGGAGCCGAAUCUGUUAGUCCUUCUCAGAGCUAUGCAUCAGGUCAGUCUGUCACACCAAGUCCUCCUUUCUCUUCUUCCUAUGCCCACAGCUUACCAUCCAGCAAUUCCACCCAGGAUUACACCCUUAUGCAGCCUUCUCCAAGCAAGACUGAUGGUAUGCUGUUGCAGCAGACCCAGAAAUACUUGCUGUCUGACCAGUCAACAUCCUCCCCUGCUACUUAUACACAAGCCACCCAGAACAACCAGUCCUCAAUGGAACAAUCCCCAGCCAAUAGUAAAAGGAAGGAAAACGAGGGUCUGUUUCUCACUACCAAAGAAAACUGUGUCGAGCUCACCAAUGCAAAUAUGCAAGCAUUACAACAGACUUCAAUAAGUAGCAGUUCUACCCAGACUCUUACAAACAUUGAUGUACAGAGCAAUGUUGUAUAUGUUGUUUCAAAAAUGGAUGACAGACACGCCCAUAGCGUGAUCCGAAGCAACUCUCGGUCUGAGGAACAGUUAAUAGGUUUUACACCAAUGUCCUCCGUAAAGGAUGAAAGAAUGAGUACUUCAAUUGGGCAGUUGGUAAGCAAUGCCACUUCUCAUGUAACCUCUUGCACAAAAAACAACUCUACAUUAUUACAGUCCUCCCACGUGGCCUUGAACACUGACCAGUUGAAAGAACACCCUGUGCUUCUCAAAAUUCCCACUGCUCAUCAAGAAGACCACCAAACUCAAAUUAACAGAGGAGAUCAGAGGCAGUUGUUACAAGAACAAGCCCAGUUUGUUCAUCUACCCAGUGCCCAAGUCCUGCUGGAGCCCUCACAGAUGAUCCUUCUUCAACAGCCUUUGCUCCAUGCAGGACUAAAUCAGUCUAAGCAUGUUCAAAUGCAGCCAGUUUCUGUUCAGUUCUUGCAAAUGAAUAAUGAACUCUUGAAUUCUGCAGUCAGUGCAAUUGAGAGUCCACAAAUAACCCACCAAGUUGUGGAUGCCACAAAGCUACACCAGAAAGACACUUUCAUCACUACAACAAAUCAGCAUGAUGCCAAGCAGCACUUUACCUUAAGCUCUGUCUGCUUUCCUGAUGCCAUGCUGAUGGCAGAUGAAAGGAACAUUCUAUCCAAUGUAGAUGACAUCCUGGCUGCCACAGCAGCCGCCUGUGGAGUUACACCACAGGACUUCAAAACCUCAUCCUCUGAAGGGGACUUAGCAUUGAUAUCCAGCCCAUCAGAAACCAAGUGCCACUAUGAGCUAGGUAAUAACAAGCAUGAAGCUAAUAGCUUCUCUUUACAGCACAUGAUCUCAAACACACAGACAAUUACUUUAUCUAUAAAUGGUGGUCAGCUGAUUACAGACAUUCACAAAGAAGUUGAUGGACACCAGGCAUUUACACCACCAAACUCUCACACACAGCAAAAUAACUCCAAGCAUGAAAUAUCUGAGAAAGUCACAAAUCACCGGGGGAAAAAUGAGGUAUCACUCAAGGAACAUACUAACAACGAUUUUUCUCUGAAUUCUAACGAAGGUACUAUAAACACAUUUGCAAACAACCACACAGACUUUCACCUAACCUCUCAGGAAUAUAACUCCACUGGGUUUGGGGAAACAGACAAAAAUAAGGAUCAAUCCAAAGUGGUGAAGAGUGUUAAGAUAGAGGAAAAGUUUGCAGAAUGCUCCUCUGAUGGUCUUUCUAAAAAGCGAGGCCGGUCAAAAGGUUCUUCCAAGCAAACUACAAACGAAGAAAAUGGUCAACCUAAAGCUCAAAAAAGAAGCGGCCAAGUAAAGCGUCAGAAUUCCAAAGGAAGUGAGACAAGUUCGUCUUCUACAUCUGAAGGAUGUCUUGAUAGCUACCAACAACAGGAAAGAAUUCGGCAAAAAAUAAGAGAGGUCGAAGAAAAACAGCCAGAAGUUAAAACUGGCUUCAUAGGAUCUUUCCUGGACUUUCUUAAAUCUGGACCCAAACAGCAAUUCUCCUCUUCACCGAUACGGUCACCCAACCGCACACGAAAGCCUUCAGUUCCCAAAAGACCUUUCAAUCAGUCGGUGCCUCCUAAACCUUUAGCCCCAACAACUCCAAUGGUUUCACCAGAUAUCAAUACUGUAAGCUCUACUAAGAGACUGGAUGAGGAGCUUCAGAAGAACUUGGAGACGCUUCCAUCUUUCUCUUCAGAUGAGGACGAAUCGGUUGGUAAAAACCAAGACCUUCAAAAGAGCAUUAGUUCUGCACUUUCCUCGCUAGACGAGCCCUUAGACAAGCAUCAGUCAGAAAGCAAAGGUUCACAUGACAGCACAAGUCAAGAGCAGUCUGCUGAUGCUGAGCUAGUCAACACACAGUCUUUAGAUACAAAGCUGAAGCAGCAGCAAAAGCCUGGGUUAAAUGAAGUACCAGUGGAGGAACUGGUGAAGAACAUACCUCCCAACAAACUUGCGGUGUGCCUGGCCACGGUAGCUAUCGAAGGCCUCACUGAUGAGGAACUGUCGGACAGUGGGGAGGAGGGCAUGUACCGAGAACGUGAUGAGUUUGUGGUGAAAAAUGAGGACAUAGAAUCUCUUCAGGUCACACUGAAGGCAGGAAUAGAACCUCCAGCCAUUUGGAAAGUGCAAAAGGCUUUGCUGCAGAAAUUCAUACCUGAGCUGAGAGAUGGGAAACGUGUGUUUUCAGCGACUAAUAGCUAUCUGGGUUACUUUGGAGACGCUAAGACCAUGUACCGGAGAGUAUACGUCAAGUUCCUGGACACUGUGAACAAGCGGGAGUAUGUGCGAGUGUGCAACAGAAAACCAAGGUGCAAGCCCAUGCAUUCCAUGAGAGGCUCUCAGAAGGCUCUGCUGGCCCAGAGAGCUGCUGUGCCAGUCGCGUCCGACUCCUCCGCUCUGAAAUCCAGCACAAAGCAAAGCUUGUCCAAACCCAGGCCAAAGCAGCCAAAAGCCAAGGCCGAACCUCCACCGAAAAAGAGGAAGAAAUGGAAGGAAGAGUUCACAGACUCAACACAGUUGGCUUCUCCAGAAGGUGAAGAUGACGAGUUUACACCUCCAGUCCCGUUUACCUCCCGUUUCCUCAACACCAGGACGAUGAAGGAGACCUUCAAGAGUUUUGUGGAGCUCCUGAUCAGCCUUGCUCUAGAUGCAGACCUCAUGAUCACACUGGAGAGAGAGAACGAUGAACUUCUGCUGCCUCAUAUGAAGAGAGUGGAUGGCAUGAUAACGGACAACAGGAGGAGGCUGCUGCCCAAACUCCAAGUGGGUCAGGUGUUCAAAAACGCUUUAGACAGCUUUCCCGAGUUGUCAGUGGUGACAGAGCUGAAAACAGAUGGGGAAACUCCCACUUUAAAAGUCAGAUUGAGUGGGAAGACAUACAACAGGAAGACCAUGAAACCUUCUAAAUCUGCUGUUAAACUUCCCUUGGAGUACACAGUGGAGCAGCAGAAGGCUCAUUGGUUUUCUCUUUAUCAUUCACUGCAGCACUACAAAUAUCACACAUAUGUGAUGUGUAUGGAAGAGAUUUCACUGUUGCGCUCCCGCGGCGUGGAUCUGGGACAGGAGGAGACUGUGCAGACGUGUAUGGGGAACCGAGUGUGGGUGGAGGGCUUGUUUGAUCGCUUCGGAGAUCUUCUGACACAGGUGCAACAGGUCUGCCUUUAAUCAGACGGUAGCCCAGGAGAACAAAUGGGUGCAGUUCAUGGGCCCUUUCCAAAGCACUAACUAACCAGAUGGUUAUGGAGAAGAACCAGAAACCUGAGAAUCAUCUGAAAACACUGAUAAAAAGAUUCAUCAUGAGGAAAGAUGAAACUGGAGAAGUGUCAGGACAUGAAGCAUUCAAGGUUAUGCCCAGAUAUUAGAUGAUUAGAAUAAAGUAGAUUAGAUUAAUCAAGAUUUUUUCAGGAGAACCAUGAAAAAGCCUGAGAGGAUCAGGAACCACGAUGAAAGCUAAUAGAUGAUGGAGAGCCAUAAAAAGAAGUGACGAUUCAUUAAAUGGAAAAGCAUUAAGCAAGAAGAUUUCAUGCCAUUAGAAUACGAAAAAAAAUGUGAAAAUGAAAGAUAUAUAUUAUCAGGAGACUGUAAGAACAUGAAUUGAAGAUAAGAAGCUGGAGAAACACACAAAAUGGAAAUAAAAAAAACAACAUUUUAAUAGAUGGGAAGAUCAGAAGAACAAAAGCAGGUGUUCUUUAUUUUAUAAAGAAUUUACACAAAGAAGAUCAGCCGAACCUGAGUGUCUGUUCUUGGAACAGAACCACAGAGAAAAAAUUGAUUUUACUCAUUUUCUUUAUUUUUAUUAGUUUUAAGUAUAACAAUUUUAUAUAUAUAUAUAAAAUUGUUAUAUAUUGUUAUAUAUUGACUGAUGAUCAUUCGUAGAUGGUUAAUGAAUGUCUGGUUACAGGGUGAUUUUACCUUGAGUAUUUGGAACACUAAUAAAAAAAUAAAUAAAAAAAGAGCAACAUUAGAGAUUGGAAAAAAAGCUGGGUGCUAAUGAUUGUAUAAAUAUAUAAAUACAUAGAUUUAUAUGUUAAAAAAAAAAAAAAAACUUUCUAUAUGAUCGUGUACAUUGUGUAAAGAGAGCUCUUUGUAUGGAUUGGACUCUUUAAUGUGCUUUUUAUAUGAGAUACAGAGAUUCUAAAAAAUGGAGUUGCUGCAAUUCCAACACAUUCUUUUUGUGAUUAUGUUGUAAUAAACAGCAUCGGAACUA